AUCGCAGGGUAAUACCAUGAUAGUUACCUUCCAGCUUGCGUCUGAUCCGUUGGUGGUUGUCAGUCGUAGAUCAUGCACUAUGUUGCGCUCACCUGUGUCCCGUUGUCUCUUUCCCAGUAGGAGGUCCAACUUGAAAUUUUCCUCCCAUACAGUCAUAUGCGAAACAGAACGAGGACACUGUGCAGGUGAGGAUAUCGCUCCGUUUGCCUUGUCUGAAGGAAACCAUUUUUCAGAUGACCCGACGCAUGAUUUAUCUACUGGUACAAAAGUAAUGCCAGUGCGACCAUUGCCCACUUUGCCAUCCAGACCUGGUUUUCCUAUCCCUCAUCUGAAUGUGGAUGAUGUCGACAAUUAUGUUAUCCCACUCCUCUCCCGUAAUUGGCGUAUCAGUCGUGCUUUUGUUUCAAAGACUCGCUAUAAUUUAUCGCUGUCACAGCGAUUUGAUUUCGAUAAAUAUAGUAACCUUAUGGAGUUCUUGAAUAAGCUGGCUACCUUAUCAAAAGCGGAGCGUCACCACCCUCGUAUGAUCAUUGAUAAAUCCACCGUCGAGCUUUUUCUGCACACCCACAGCGCGUACCGCGUCCGUAACUCGGACGAGAAGCCUAUAUUCCAUAUUCAACAACCCGGAGUCACUUUGUGCGACGUUCGUUAUGCCAUAUUUGUAGACCAACUGUUCUCAAAUGAAUUCGAAUCGAUGGGCUGUGGGGUCAGAUAUGUUCCAAAAGCUCAAGGCAUACUUCAAGAGCUAUCACUUCGAGAGGCGCGAAAGAGGUUCGGUGAAUAUAGACCGACUCUUAAAACUUUAUGAUGUCCUCCCCUCCUAUCUAUUCCUAAACCAUACUAUCAGCCUUUCGUAAACCGUACCUCAUGUGUUGUCUUUUACGUGCAUGGCAUCGGCAAUGCAGAAGUCGAAAAUAGGAUCUCAAUGUUAGUACUGUCCGUGACAC